AUGAUUGUGAACAGAAAGUUUGCGCUGCUCUGCGCUAUCACGGUGCCGGUCUUUGUCCUGAUCGCCACCUUCUACAACACUGAGCUGCUGUCCAACGCGGUGAACAAGGUCUACACGGGCGCGUCGAACUUGGCCGUCGACCCGAACAAGCCCCGGUAUAUCUUUGUGGAUCUGGGUGCCAACCGAGCAGACUCGCUCGAGGCCUUCCUGCAGCACGAGGGAGCCAAGUUCGAGUACAACUUCCCCGAGCCUUCGUGGGCAAAGCAUGACGAUGCCGAGAUCCACCUCUUCGAGGCCAACCCCGUCUUCAACGCCGACCUGGUCAACGCCAAGCAGCGGUACCUCAGCGCGGGCAAGAAGAUCCAGAUCUACCCGUCGACCGUGUGCGACAAGAUCGACGGCCUGCGCACCUUCUACCUCGACACCGUCAACACGGGCCAGGACUUCUGGGGCUCCUCGACCUACGCCAACCACAACGACGUCAUCAAGUCCAAGAGCAACGGCACCGAGCUGACGGCCGUCAACAUCGCCCGCUGGCUGCUCAUGAACACCCUGCCGCGCGACUUUGUCGUCGUCAAGAUGGACAUCGAGGGCGCCGAGUACGACCUCGUCCCGCACUUUGCCGAGAUGGGCGUCUGGACCGUCGUCGACCACCUGCUCAUCGAGUGGCACGAGAACCUGCCCACCGAGCAGGCCAAGGAGGUCGCCAAGGUCGCCACCCUCAAGCUCAAGUCCGAGGGAGUGCAGAUGCCCGACUACAGCUCUGGCGCUUAG